UUUUUUAAACUUUCCUGCAGGUGUGUGCGAGCGGUCAGAUAGCCUAUGAAGCUCACUGGACAAAGGAAGCCUAUAUUUAAUAACAUGCAUUUACAGCAUCAUUCAUCCUUAGUAACUGCCUGGUCAGGGUUUAAAUCAGCCUUCUAGACAAAUUAAUUUGUUAUAAAAUAUUGUGGGUCAGUAAAAACAAAAAUAAUACCUGUGUGGAGAGGAAACGUCCAGCCAGGAUUCACACACCUGGUAUUUCUACGCCUGUUUUUUUUUUUUUUUUUUUUUUUUUUUGGUUUGUUUGUUUGUUAUUGUUGUCGAGAGCUUGGACUUCGGUGAGUUGCAAUUCCAUGACGAAGUUUCAACAUGUCGGCACUCAUAGUGGAAAAACAAGAAAUAAUAGCAUGAUUUAAGUUUUUUAAGCAGUCAUGCGAGUUUCUGUUUAUACGUGAAAUUGCGAAAUACCGGGUGAUACUUUGAUCACUGAAAUGUUCGUUCGCUUUCGGCAAGAUUUUUGGAUCCAACUGAUUAUUUUCUAGUGAAUCAUCACACCCAGUUUUGAAAACAAACAAAAAAAAUUAAACACCAACCAAAGGACUCGAGUUCUAAUUCCAGUUUUUUUACUUAGUUAUUAUUAUCUAGCUAACGUGGGAAGUUGUCGUGAAUGUACCAGUAAUCAGCUCAACAUGGAAAGUCGCCCUUACCAACAUGGCGGCGCCGUUGACGUGUUAGUUUAGCCGACUGAGCUUGAGUGGUAACCGCAACACCUGGCAACAGUCAGCUGUAGUUCAGUGACAACAAUAGUGCAGUCCGAGCUAGUCGGGGUUUGCUGUCGUGAAGUGUUGGAACCCUGGCGUGUUUACUAACAGAUAUUUCACAACAACAACAACAAAUAAAAAAGGACAAAGUAUUAAUUUAAGUGGCUCGGCUAAUUUCCGCGCUGGAAGGCUAGCUCGGUGAGCUCGGUCUGGAGAGACACCGCGGCACAGCAGCAGUAAACAUGCCCAUGUCUGUGAGUAAAGCGUGCCGGAGUCUGGCUCUCUCCACCUGGCUGCUCUCCUUCUGUUUCGUGCACUUGCUGUGUCUGGACUUCACCGUGGCCGAGAAGGAGGAGUGGUACACCGCGUUCGUGAACAUCAGCUACCAGGACCCGGCCACCGCUGAGCUGAAGACGGAGAAGACAGAGAGCGGCCGCUACGGCGAGCACUCGCCCAAAAGAGAGGCCCGGGGCCCGGUGUUCAUCCCGCUGUCCGGCCACGACCGACAGGCCUGCGACUCCAGCACCAGGUUCCCCGCACCUCAGCCUGCACACGGGCCCUGGAUAGCGCUCAUAGCCAAAGGCAACUGCACGUACAGGGAGAAAAUCCGCCACGCAGCCAGCCUCAACGCGUCCGCCGUGGUGGUGUAUAACCUGGGGUCGAGCAGCCCCAAUGAAACCAUCACCAUGCCCCAUGCAGGAACAGGAGACGUAGUGGCCAUCAUGAUCCCAGAACCAAAAGGGCGAGAGAUCGUUGCCUUGCUGGAGAAGAACGUAAGCGUGAUCAUGCACAUCACCAUCGGCACGCGCAACCUGCAGAAGUACGUGAGCCGAACCUCCGUUGUGUUCGUCUCCAUCUCCUUCAUCGUGCUCAUGAUCAUCUCUCUGGCGUGGCUCGUUUUCUACUAUAUCCAACGGUUCCGCUACGCCAACGCACGCGACCGCAACCAGAGGCGACUGGGAGAUGCUGCAAAGAAAGCCAUAAGCAAGCUCCAAGUGCGCACCAUCAAGAAAGGCGACAAGGAAACAGAGUCAGAGUUUGACAACUGCGCUGUGUGCAUCGAGGGCUACAAGGCCAACGACGUCGUAAGGAUACUGCCAUGUCGACAUGUGUUUCAUAAGAACUGCGUGGACCCGUGGCUGCAGGACCACAGAACCUGUCCAAUGUGCAAGAUGAACAUCCUUAAAGCACUCGGCAUCCCGGUGAAUGCAGACUGCUCUGACGACGUCCCUCCUGACUACGAGCUGUCCGUCGGCGGCCCUCCCACCAACCCUGUGAACGGGGGCAGCGACGUGACCGGGAGCGAGAGCUCCAUGGUGCUGGACCGCCUGCCAUACCUUCACCACGAACCCGAGUCUCUCACACAGCUUGAAGUGGGACCUCGCAUCGCCAGCAGUGAGCACCAGCCUCCUCUGAGCAGCGACUCGGACACGUCACUCAUCCUGCCGCUGGAAGUUAGCCUGUCUGACGUCGAGCUUUCUGCUGAAGCUGAGCAAGAAGAGGCCAAGUCCUGAGUCGCACAGCCUGGCUGCUACAGAGGCACAGCUUCGGAGGGGGCUCCUAUGGAGCUAAAUAUAGACCAGGACCAGGAUGGAGGGGGGGGAAUAAAGAGGAAACAAAACGAACACGAGCAAUACUUUCCCCCAUACGGCCUCGUUGAGUCACAAAAAAAAAAGGGUCUUCAUAUCUCGCUCUCUCUGGUCACACCAGGUCGGUCUUGAUGUCUCCUCUUUAUUAGUUUUGCAUUGCCACAUUGGAAAAAGCACACAGAGUUUCAAGAUGCCAGAUUUGACAGCUCUGCCUUUUCAAAUUUUCUUGUAGGAUCACUGCCACUGUACACAUAUAUAUAUUCCAGAGUGGAUAUAUCUAAUUUAUAUAUACACACGCGAGUACGUACAGCAUCCGAAGCAGUCCGAGUGCAGUCCAAUCAACUGAAAAAAACAAUGUUCUGUCGUGUCUCAAGUGGUCCCUUGAGAUGUCACCAGUGCUCAACCUUUCUAGAAUUUUUUAUUUUUUUCCCCAAUCUGGCUGCGUCAAACAGCGCUUUAGCCGUCCACGUGGUGCGUUUUUGCGAAACCCCCAAGCGCAACCAUCAUCAAGAGAGUGAGAUAUCGAGAUGCGAGCGAGAAACGUAGAUUAUUCCAGAAACGUCUUUGCGUAUUAUUGAGAACGUUGGGAUUUUAUUUUGUUGUUGUCGUUAACUUAAAGAAGCCAGUUUGCUUGCUCAGCACACGAUUUCUCCGUCCGUAAAAAUGUGAACUUCGCUUAUAGGGAUUUUUGUAUUCUGAAGUGCCACUCGAGCUCGUGAAGCUGAGUUUUCCUCGCGUUCAUCCUGUCGUGCCAUAGAGGACAGACAGGUCUUUACUCAGUGUGAGGAUGAGCAGCGAUCACGUUGAAUGUUUCCUUUUUCUUUCCUUUGGUGUUUUUUUUUUUUUUUUUUUUUAACCACGUCUGAGGAUUUCAGUACAAGCACUACUAGACCGCGUCGUCUUCUGCUUCUUUCCGAAGCAUCCUCACGCACCAAGUCUCCCUUCCUCCUCACAAAGGCUUAGAGCCCUUGGCCAAAAGUCAAAACUUUUUGAUACGCAAGCGUGUCUGCGGUUUUCCAGCGCGGAAGCCUGAGCUUGAAUAGAAUCGUCGUAGAUUAACGUCACUCAUUAAAGUCGGGUUUUAUUUUCGAAUCGCGCAUCGCAUAAAGGAGAGCACAAGUCUAAUGAACGACUUUUAUUUUAAUAUCAAAGUUUUAUUUUUCUAAAAAGAAAAAAAAAUCAAAGAAAUGAACAGGCCCUGUUUACAGUCAGCAAGGAGGUGGGUGAAAUAGACGAAUCAGUCUCCCAUUUUUGCAUUUUUCCAAUUUCAUUUAAUCAUCCAAAGAAUAGAGGAUUAUUUAUUGCGUGUCUGUGUACAAGUUUAGUUUGAGCACAUGCCCAUGUGUGGUCUGAAUCUGUAACUAUGUCCUUUUCUACAGCAGGUGUUUUAACCAAUCCUUUAUUCCAGCAUUCACGUCAAUUAGUGCAUCGGUGUUUAUUUUUGUCGAAUAAUCUUCUUCAGCGCUAAGCUCACAGUUUCAAACAUCCCCCCCCCCUCCCCCCCAUACACAUCAUGUUUUAGAACCCCGACAAAAGCAAGUGUUUCCUUUUUUCCCCUGACUUGUCCGAGCUUUUUGUGUGCUGUCGUGUAUUUUCCACACAGGCUCUCGAACCACAAUGCAUUUGACUGCCUGGAACCUUCGUGUUUAUUUGAGCACUGAGUAAGUGCUGAAAGGAGCGUGCCGGGAGGAGCUGUGUGCUGGCGGUGGGGAUUUAUGAACCUCUGACAAGUUGCCCAUUUAACAAGAAAUGAAAUAAAACCACUUUCAUUCAUUUGUUCAGUGGUGUAAAACUUUUGGGUCUUGACAUACUGUAGCGUUAAACAGUGCUGCAGAUCAUUGGCCGAGAGUGAUGUCACUGGAAAAGCUGGUAUAAAUGGGCUAACAGGGAACUCAGAACUCACAAUGACGUCAUUUUCGACCUCUGUGCGUUCGAGCUACAAAGAGGAUUAAAGAAUUAUAAUGAGUCUUUAUUAAUCACAGCACAGUGAAAUUCUUUUCUUCGCAUACCCCAGCAUGUCAGGAAGUUGGGGUCAGAGUGCCGGGUCAGCCAUGAUACAGCGCCCCCGGAGCAGAGAGGGUUAAGGGCCUUGCUCAAAGGCCCAAAAGUGGCAGCUUGGCAGUGCUGGGGCUUGAACCCCCGACCUUCCGAUCAGUAACCCAGAGCCGUAACCACUAAGCCAGCACUGCUCCACCACUGUGUGGAAUCGAUAUUUUGUUUACUGUUGAUGCUGAGCAGCCAUGUUGACUUGAUCUCACUUGCUGAACUCGGAGGUUGAGGAGACGGUCACGCGUUCUCAAGUAGGAAUUUCCGAAUUGUGGGAGUUUUUUUUUUUAUUUUAUUUUUUUUUAUUUGUAGCAUAAUACAUACUACGAUAUGAAGAAGCGAUGCUGGGGCUGUUCUAAACACCCUCUAGACUUGAUUUCCAAUUGUGCCGAUAUAUUCCAGACACAUCAAAAACACAUCAUCAACAGUGAUUAAGAAAUCAGCAAAUGCCUUUGGAGGACAAACUAAAAGUUUGUUAGUUAGCACAUUGUCCAGUCAAAGUACAAAUAAUAAUAAUAAAAUAAAAUAAAAAACUGCAGACAAGAGCACCAUGUGUUUAGUGGAGUUUUUUAAUGCCUCCACCACUACUUGAUUUUGGGUUGUCCAUGCAUCCAUCCCAGAUCCUCAUUAGUGCUGUAUCACAAGAACAAGUGCUUAAAUGUUUGUAGGAUUUCAAUGGAGUCAUCACUGUAACCAGCAGAUGAACGAAUUCGAUUUUAGAAUUGAUCCAAACAAGGUCAAGGUCACAGCGAGGUCAAAUACCUGGAAUAAAUUUCCUUCCUUCCUGUUUGUUACACAGAGAUUUUACGUACACAUUCGUAUUCAGGAACUCCAGGCCUCUUUUCCGGCUGUAUUUGAUUUCUGCCAUAAGUCUGUCCGUCCAGCAGUGUGCGCGUGUGUCUAAGGCUUUUCUUUAGCAUGAUAUCUUCAGACUCAGUGGUUAAAUGUUUGUAGGAUUUCUAUGUAAAUAUCAUUGCAACCGGCAGAUUUAGAACCGAUUUAGAUUUUGGAAUUGAUCCAGACAGGGUCAAGGUCAUAGCAAGGUCAAAUGUCCAGUAGCAUUACGGACUUAAACGAUUUAAAAUAACGAAUCAUGCUGUCUUUAAUGUUUGUGUGUAACAAUUUUGCCCCACUUCUUGCUUAUUAUGCCAUUGUUAAGACUUCCUGAUAUAAAUGCAACCGGAAUAGUUUGAUUUUUGAGUUAUUGAUCUCAACGUUAUCAAUGAUAUCACCACCAGCUGUUACUAAACGCACAGUGAACUGAAUUAUCAAGCAAAACGAUACUCGUUUGGUCCGGUUUGCGUCGACGCCACUCUCGGCCAUGUAUUAAAAUCUAUCUACCAGCACAAACAGCUUUUUACGGCACAGAUUAACACGGACGUUUGACUCGGUUUCUUGUUCGGGUGCCAGCUUCACAGAGCUACAUGAUGACGAUAUUAGGAGGAUAAUAAACAGCUUGUGUUGAGUUUAGUCCUCAACAGUCAGUCAAUAAGCAGAAGAUAUUGUAAUGUGUUUUCUUUGAGAUUCUUAUUGGUUUUGGUUUUCCCCCUACUCAUUUUGAAUCGUUCUUUAUAUUUAAAUAUAAAGCCUUGCUCUCCGCAAGGUGUCUUCAUUUAAGUGUCAUAUUAUAGGAUUGUUACUGUUACUAUGUUAUUAAUAUGUUCUCGUGGUGCUCAUCGUGUAAUUUAUCAUGAAAAGUAACUUUUUUUUCUGUUGACCCGUCACAGAGCUUGCUGUAAUUCAGGCUGCGUAUUUGCGAACCUGUGAUCUGCUCUGGAGUCUUAGAUUAGGUUAUGUAAUCGCACAGGGUUCAGCAUCUUUCGCCAAAUCCUCUUCAGUCUGACACACGGCUUACUGUGUGUGUGUGUGUGUGUCUUUACAAACGCAGCCCUUGUGAGCCAGUAAGAGGUCCAUCUUGAAUGAAACGAUAAGACGAUUGUAGCAUCUACAUGUGCAUGCUUUGUUUUGUGUGUUUAUCUCGUGUGUUAACUCCAUUGCUGGUGCUCGAAUGUUCAGCAUUUCCACUAAUACUCCAUGCGUUACUUCCCACAAUUCUUUUAGUGAUCUAAACACAAUUGCUCCAUCUUCAUACUUAGAUUGCGAAAGUUACUGAUAGACAGCAGGUUUGAUUGGAAGAGUCAUGAGUCAUGUAGCAUUUCAUGCAAAAGUGGUUUCAGUGAUAAUUACGGUAAAUCAGAGACCCUGGGAGGCGGUACGAUGGCACAAUCUUGCUUUUUUGUUAGUUUGUUUGUUGUUGUUUUUUAACUUAAAUAAUAACGGGCCUCAUUUUUCAAUCUUGGGUAAGUUGUUUAAAUGUUCUCGUAAGCCAAAACCAAAGAAUAAAUUUUUUUUUUUUUGGGGGGUUAAGAUUAGAUUUUCCUGAUACCCUUGUGUGUUCAGAGAAAAGCUCAUUUACAUUUACAUUUAGUGACACCCACUUUCAGAAUCGCUGAGAUUUUCACGCUGUACGGCUGGAAUACGGAAAUGGACACUACUCAAUUGCUCGUAGACGAAGUACACACUACACAGUCUUUCACUUGGAGAAAUCCCAACUGAAGUGCGCCCCAUCCACAAAUCCCACUUUCUCACGAAAAAUAAGACGUGAGAGCUGUCAUGACUAUUUUUAAUACCGUACGCCGGUAGGAAUCGUGUCGUGUUUGUUUUUAUUUUUGCCGCUCCUAACAACCAUUUGACUAUGGCAUGUCAGAGUAUUUCUUAUAGAAACAAUUGUGUGUUUACGUUAUGCUCUCUUACUCUCGCGUACAUAGACGGAUGAUAAACUGGAUUCAGGGAUCUGCUGCGCAUGAGAUCAAGAUACAUGUUUUUCAGCGCUGUACAUGCGGCUAAUCGCUGACGGGGGUCACACUACACCAUUCGUCACUUAGAAAAUCAAACAUGCUUGAAAAUAUCAGCACCUCGGCGAUCGCCGAGAUGAAGGAUGUAGUUGCGAAGCGCCAGAAUGAGUCCGUGACCGGAUUAUCGGGGUUAAAAUCACGUAGUGUGCACUAGUACUAAAUGGUGAAAGAGCGCCUCCUAACUGCAAAAUCUUCCAAUAACACAGCUCAGCCAGUGCAGCGUGUCAGCUACCGUAGACACACACUAACUCUGGCUUCUUUUAUAGGGAGUCAUUACUUUUAUCCUCAUUUAAUACCUAAUUUUAUUUGUCUUAAUUUAUGGGUUUGUUCUGGAUUGCUUUCUUUCAAGUCAUUAACAUGAAAUGGCUAACAAUUUUCAGUACCUUUAAUGAGUGCAGUUCGGAUGAAAUCUGCCAAAUCACGAUGAGCGAUUUAAACUUUGCAGCGUAAUCCGUGUAGAAAAUUGCAGGAACUUAUCAAUUAUACCACCUGGAGCCAAUUGAUCGAGUUUCAAAUGAGCGAGUCACCUUACACGUAAAUUUCAUACAAGUCAUAGAAGAAAAAUACGAAUGUUUUUCCCGACUAACUACGUUUUUUGUUUAAAAAAAUUUAGGAAUACCGCAUUUCUCGUGUAAAUGCUCCUGCGACCGAUUUAUGAAUAAUUCUAUUCAUAUCCAGUUUGAUAAAUGAGGCCCAAUAAGAGUGUAAGCAACAGUGUGCCAUUGUACCGUAGCUUCCUUUCGGCACUUACACCACUUCAGUCCUCUACAUUUCAUCAUCUCAUCAUUUCAGUGCUCCUUAUUUCAGUUAAGUUUGUGUACACACCCUUUCAGAAAAGCACUUUAUCUCCGUGAAGGAGAGACAGAUACAAGAAACACAAGUCCUCCUGAUUUAAACUCAGCAGGGUGGUUGCUAAUCCUGUAGCAUAAGUUAGUUACUCUAGGGCUACCGGUUUACAUAUGGCACACGUUUAGGAGAUUGUAUCAGCGCUACAACCAGUCGUAAGUUUAUUCCCCUUGAAUGACCUUGGGUUUUAAAGAUUGUUAAACAACUUGUAUACAUUAUCCAGCGGAGUUCAACAGUAUUGCUAUUUUGUUAUAUAGAGGACAGUGUAAAUAUAUUCAGCCAUCUUGGUAUACUGUUCUAGUACAUUGUUGCACGUGUUUGAGUCUUUGAUUGUGAGGUACAAUAAAUUUUAUUGCAAUUUUUUUCCAAAUCUGUGUGUUGAGUCUUGUGUUAUUUGUUUUAUCAGUAAAUUUGUUACAGCAAGUUUGUCAUAUAGAGUGUACAGAUGUAUUACAUCAUCACUGGUCCUGUUAAUACAUCAGGGUUUACAGUCCAUUCUGAAAGAAUUCGAACGGCAAGGCGGAUACUUUUGUUUUUGCUAUACACUGAAGACAUUUGGGUUUGAGAUGAAAUGAAUAUGAGAUGAUGGAUCAGAAUUUCACCUUUCAAUUCCUGAUAUUUACAUCUAAAUAAGUUACAUUUAAAGUGAAUGUCUGCUCUUGGUUUGAGCAGUGGGUUUCUCCUGUGACGGCUGCAUUUGUUGUUAAAAGGGAUAACCCCAAAUGAAGUCCAGAGAGCUGUCUAUGGGAGAAAAGAUGGAUCAAUCGAUUAGAGCCAUUGCACAAGCAUUGGGCUUAGCCAAUACAACAAUUUGGAAUGUCCUGAAAAAGAAAGAAACCACUGGUAGUCAUCAAACAGGCCGGCCAAGGAAAACAACAGCAUUUCCUGACAGAAACAUUGUUAGAGCUGUGAAGAAAAACCCAAAAACAACAGUCAGUGACAUCAUCAACAACCUCCAGAAGGCAGGGGUGAAGGUACCACAAUACUCCAUUCAAAGAAGACUUCAAGUGCAGAAAUAUAGCGGCCAUACCACAAGACGCAAACCACUCAUCAGCAGUAAGAAUCAGAUGAUGAGCUACAAAAGGUCUGGAACCAAGAUUAACCUCUACCAAAGUGUAGAGAAAGAAAGGAUCUGCUCAUGAGCUCAUCUGUGAAGCAUGGUGGAGGUAGUGUCAUGGCUUGGGCUUGAGUGGCUGCUUCUGGAACAGCCUCACUAGUCUUUAUUGAUGAUGUAACUCAUGAUAGUAGCAGCAGCAUGAAUUCAGAGGUUUACAGAAAUAAUCUGUCUGACAAUUUACAGAAAUGUAUCCAGUCUAAUCGGGAGGAACUUUAUCUUGCAGCAAGACAAUGAUCCAAAACACAACAACUCAACAAAGGACUUUAUCAGGGGGAAAAUGUGGACGGUUUUAAGACUGGCCAAGUCAAUCACCAGACCUUGACCCAAUUGAGCAGCAUCUCAACUCCUGAAGAGGAGGCUGAAGGUAGAAACCCCCUGAAACAAACAACAACUGAAAGAAGCUGCAGUAAAAGCCUGGAAAAGCAUCACAAAACUAAAAUGCAACAGUUAGGUGAUGUCAGUGGGCUUGAUGCAGUUAUCGCAAGCAAGAAAUACGCAACCAAAUAUUAAGUGUUACUUACUUUUAAGAACUUUAUCUGUUCCAAUACUUCUGCUCACCAAAAAAUUGUGCCAUGUUCUAAGUUGUUUAACACUACUAGGUAUAAAUAUAAAGAAAUGAAAGCUGAAAUUCUGAUCUAUCACCUCAUUUUCAGCUUUUUAUCUCAAACCCAAAUGUCUUCAGUGUAUGUCUAGAAAAUCUGCAAAAGUAGACUGAUUAAAUGCAUUUAUUUAGAGAUGUUUCGAGAUUCAAAAAAUGUUGAAUAUUCGACUGAAAUUCAGCUGAAUUGUGUAAAGGUCCAGUUACAUAAACGUUCUUGUUUACAAAAAUCCAGAUAAGCAACUAACUCAAAUGAAUGGCGACAACAGUUCCCCUUUAAUGCUUACUGGAGGUUUUGUUUAGAGCUUAAUGUUACCUUUUUUUAUUUUUUUUUAUUUUUUUUUUGACUAAUGCCACGGACUCAGAUUAACCAUUGGUUACAAUCUCUUUCAAUUCAUCUUUAAACAUUGUUUUCAUCAUUGACUUUUAAACAAGCCAUGUUGUCAGUUUUCUUCUCGGACCAGAGCGGGUCAAUGAAAUGAAACAUCUAUAGGAAGUCUGAAAACUGUUCACUUUCUGAGUUAAUGUUUCUAGCCCUGUGAGCUUCCUUCAGCUAAAUCAUUUACAUAAAUGCACGUGAUUAAAUAAGCAGAGGAUCUGCUGCAGAACCGAAGCUGGAUGUUGGCGCUGCUGGGAACUAUAACUAUAGUAUUACAUUAACGUGUGAUAGAACAGUGUUUCGGCAACGUGUCGAUCCUCAGUUCAACCACAUGGAGCCGAUGUACGCAUUUGAAUUAAGUAAAUUCAAUGAGCUUUUUUUUUUUUUUUUUCCUUCACUGCAGACGGAUCAGUUAUUAUCUAGUUUUGGGCCAACACCAGGGAUCAAUUCUGAGCUCUUUUAUUGAAGAUGUACAGUAGUGUGCAAAUGUCUUAGGCUGAUGUGAAGAAAUGCUGUAGGGCAAAGAUGCCUUCAAAAAUAAUGAAAUCGAAUGUUUUGGCAUUAAAAACAUACUGUAAAGAGAAGUAAAUAGUAAUAAAUGAAACAAAGUCAGUAUUUUAUGUAAAUAAAUAAAUAAAUAAAUAAAUAGUAGUCUCUGGUACAAUUUGUGCAGUUUUAGCUGGUAAUGAAAAUAGCUGGUAUAAGUUUUACUGAGCAUCGUGCAGAACAAGCCACAGUUCUUCUGAAGACUUUGACCGUCAUGUGAAACCCAGCAGCCUUCAUUAUGUUUUUUGUCUGUGAAGUGGUCUCUUACAUAACGUGCUGCUUUCUUCUGUAACAUUUAACAAUUUCGUGCUAGAAAACGAAUGUUUGGAAGUCUAAAAUGUUUCUUGUACUGACUCGAUAAUGUAUAAGGCAUACAAUAAAAAUCUACAAAAAAAAAGUUUGUACUAAAGAAAUAGGGUGUCUAAGACUUUUGCACAGUACUGUAUGUAAAACUGUUGCCACAAAUAUAAAGAAUAAUAAUAAUAAUAAUACUUAGAUUUUUGGAUGUGGAUCCAGAGCUUAUCCUGUUGGGAAGUAGGAAGAAAACGAAGGACGUCCACUCUGAGAACAUGUUCUGGAUCAAAUAAUAUCCCUGGAGAUGUGAGGCUCAGAGCAAUGCUAGCCAAUCUCAGAUGCAUUGUACCUCAUGUAUGAGGAACGGGGCUGUGUAGGGCAUUCACCUGCCCGAAACAUGGCAUUUCUUUGAGGAAACAUUUUUAGUGUCACUCCUCUAUAUAGCUACAAUACAUCAGAAUGACAUGUCGUUUCUCCAGGACCAUGGUGCAACACAUAACAAUACAGUACACAAGACUACAUAAAGUGCAAACACACAACACUGUGAGACGAUUGCGAGGCAACAUGGUGUUGGUUUGGAAUUAGCGAUGAAUAAAUAUGGAGAAAACGGGGUAAUAAUUAGUGUAGACAUUAUGUCUGAAUAUCUAAUGGUAGAAGAAAAAGAGUGUCAGAGGUAAUGGUGUAAGAGAAUUACGACAGGUUUAUACAGUACACCCUGCCACAGAUUAACAUAUCUGGUUCGCAUUAACUGUCUGUCUCUCUCCGGGUGUGCAGUUGUUUCCUGGCAAUGUCUUUCAUCUGGAAAAGGUUCUGUUUCCUUUACAGCACAUUGUUACUGAGCUUCAUCUUUCCACCAUGUCAUUCGAUUGGCCCGCAAGUAAACAUGGCCACACGGUGACCAGCUGUCAAGACCUCGUAGACGAUUAUAUUGUUUUAUACUGCAGCACUGGUGAUUUAUUUUCUAUAACAGCAGCUUGGACAGUAGUUCCAGCUGCAAGGCAGAUCACAGCUUUAUAUUAAUGCACUUACAUUUACAUUUAUUCACUUAGCAGACGCUUUUAUCCAAAGCGACUUACAAAUGAGAAAAAUACAAGCAAAGCGAUAUAUAAAGCAGAGAACAAUACAAGUAGUGCUACUAUACAAGAUCCAUUAAUUGAGUUCCAGAGGAAGCAAAGUGCGCAGAGUAGAGGUGUAAGUGCAAUUUAUUUAUUUAUUUUUAUUAUUAUUAUUAUGAGUUGGUUAGGUGUUCAUGGAAGAGGUGGGUCUUUAGCUGUUUUUUGAAGAUGGUGAGAGAUUCUGCGGUCCGGAUUGAGAUUGGAAGUGCAUUCCACCACUGAGGAACAGUUAGCGUGAAGGUUCUGGAAAGGGACCUUGAGCCACGCUGAGUUGGAACUGCUAAACGUCGGUCACACUUGUUCCGAUACGUUUCUAUAGUAACUUACACAGAGACUUGCACGGUGGAUUCUCUGCAUAAACAGAUUCAAAUAACCUUGUGUUGAUGGGGUGCCGUUUUCUGUGAGAUGUUUAUACACCAUUUAUGGAAGGAGUCUCCAGUGUCAACGCUUUACAACAGCCAGACGCAAAGCUGUAACUUAUAGCUGGUACAAGACAAGACAAUUUUAUUUUAUUUUAUUUGUAUUUAUUUAUUUAUUUAUUUACCCCCGGAUGGAGAAAUUAGGGUGUCACAGCAGCAGCAAGACAGGUGAAGAAAAAAGAGAUAGUAAGGAGAACAAUACAGGGAUAUAUAAAGAGUAUAUACAAUGAUAUCUUAAGUAUAAAUGUAUACUUAUGUAUAUAAGUAUACUUAUAUAUAUACUUAUAUAUAUGUAUAUAAGUACAAUGUAUAAAUAUGUAUAGAUAUAAGCGCA